ACACUUUUAAUGAGUCUUAGAACCUAGCUUAAACGUGAAUGUUAAUUUUAAUUCCAGUAUUUUUCAAGCCUUCCAGUUGUAAUAUUGUGAAAUUUUGUAGAUAUAUAUUUGAAAAUAUAAUUUAGAUUACAAUUUAGAUUACAUAAAUAAAUAUAUCUAUUAAAGGAUAUAUAAAAAAUACAGCCGACAACGUUCACAACAUGUAUAGAUUGUGAAGCAGCCUGGACCAACAUUAACAUGGUCCAAAGAGUUCCUAAAUGCAACAAUGGCAAUUUCACAUUCCUUUUUUAAUUAUUCGUACUACUUGUUGCCAAUAUAUUUUAAUAUGUGGUAUAUCCCAUUUUACAAGUUGAUUUUCCUGUCGCUAUUGCUACUCAUUACUGUUUCUCUCUUUGUUCUACAUGGUUUUUUAUUAACUAUCCAAAUAAUUUUACUCUUAACGGUAAAAUAACUUAAACGCACAAACGGCCUUUAGAAGAGAAAGGCAUAACAUAAACCGUUGUGGUAAGCGUGGUAAUAACUCUUUAAGCUGAGCUUAUUUGAGUGAUUAGGGACGGUGGAUGGAAACGCGUGAAUUGAUUAACAUUCUUUUAAUUCUCUUGAUUAAUCAUUAAAACAAAAAUUGUUGAAAAUUUGAAUAUCUGACUGGUCAAAUUUCUGUCGUGGCGUAGCAUGAAAACUAUAUAUAAACAUCCACACAUGCCUAGUGACCCUCUCCAUCGUAGCUUACCUACAACAUCUGCCACAAUCCAAUCAAAACACCUCUUUUCAUUCUCUCUCAAAUCUUCAUUUCCAUAUCUACUUUUUCUCUCCACUUUAUUCUCCUACCCCUUCUCUCUCUCUAGAGCUAAAGAAAAUGGGUAUUUUAUCAAGAAAAGCUACUUGCAACACUCAUGGCCAAGAUUCUUCGUAUUUCCUGGGCUGGGAAGAGUACGAGAAGAACCCUUACGACGAGGUCAAGAACCCUGAUGGCAUUAUCCAAACGGGUCUCGCAGAAAAUCAGUUAUCUUUCGAUCUUAUUGAGUCAUGGCUUGCCAAGAACCCUGAAGCAGCAAACUUCGAAAGAGAAGGCCAAUCUAUUUUCCGGGAACUAGCUCUCUUCCAAGAUUACCAUGGCCUUCCUUCCUUCAAGAAUGCUAUGGCGGAUUUCAUGUCGGAAAAUAGAGGAAACCGAGUUUCUUUUGAUCCUAAAAAGCUUGUCCUCACCGCGGGUGCUACUUCGGCUAACGAAACUCUUAUGUUCUGUCUCGCUGAUCCUGGAGAUGCUUUCUUGCUCCCUACUCCAUAUUAUCCAGGAUUUGAUAGGGAUUUGAAAUGGCGAACCGGAGUUGAGAUUGUACCAAUCCAAUGCACAAGUGCAAACGGAUUCCGCAUCACCAAAUCCGCACUCGAAGAAGCCUACAAGCAAGCGCAAAAGCUUAACCUAAAAGUUAAAGGAGUCCUUAUAACCAACCCAUCUAACCCGUUGGGUACUACAACAACCCGAACCGAACUAAACCGUCUCUUAGAUUUCGUGUCACGUAAGAAUAUACAUUUGAUAAGCGACGAGAUCUACUCGGGUACUGUUUUCACUUCUACUGGUUUCAUCAGCGUAUUGGAAGUCCUCAAAGAAAAAAAACUCGAAAACACCGAUGUUUCUAAACGUGUCCACAUCGUUUACAGUUUGUCUAAAGAUCUAGGCCUACCUGGUUUUCGCGUUGGAGUUAUUUACUCCAACGAUGAUAUUGUUGUGGCUGCAGCGACAAAAAUGUCUAGUUUCGGUCUAAUAUCUUCUCAAACACAGUACCUCUUAUCCGCAUUAUUAUCCGACAAAAACUUCACUAAGAACUACCUCAAAGAGAAUCAAAUCCGACUCAAAAAUCGACACGAUAAGCUUGUGUCUGGUCUAGAGGCUGUAGGUAUCGAGUGUCUCAAGAGCAAUGCUGGACUCUUCUGCUGGGUCGACAUGAGACACCUAUUGAGAUCUAACACGUUUGAAGCCGAGAUUGAGCUAUGGAAAAAGAUCGUUUACGAGGUUAAGCUCAAUAUCUCUCCCGGUUCUUCGUGCCAUUGCAACGAACCGGGUUGGUUUAGGGUUUGUUUCGCGAAUAUGAGCGAGGAAACACUAAAGGUUGCUUUGAUUAGAUUGAAGAUGUUCGUUGAUGGACCGUCAUCUACUACAAGAAGUCAAAGUGAGCAUCAAAGGCUAAAGACUUUAACAAAGAUGAAAGUCUCUAAUUGGGUUUUACGGCUAUCAUUUCAGGACCGUGAACCCGAGGAACGAUAGUCUGGUUUAUUUUUAUAAUAAAAGUGUAAUAAAUAUGAUUGGUUUUCAUUAUUUUUAGUGAUUUAUUCGUCAGAUGUAUCUUUUUAUCAGAAUUCUAUAUUUUGGUAAAGUUUAUAGAGAAAAGUUCAUGCAGUGUAGCUUUUUGUAUAAUUUGUUUAGUGAGAUUUGAAAAGAAAAACAAAA